AUGAACAAAACAGGACUGAGAUUGGAGCCCGGCCGCUCGCUGGUGCUGGUCACUGGAGGAAAUGGCUACAUCGGAUCCACCAUCUUAGACAUACUUCUACAUGGAGGGUACCGUGUCCGAGGAACUGUGCGCAGUGACAAGCCAUGGCUGCAAAAGUUCUUCGACGACAAGUAUGGACCCGGCAAGUUCGAGUUGGCGAUUAUCCCCGAUCUCAGCGUCCAGGCUGAGUUUGAACGAGCUCUUCAGGGCGUGGAUGGGAUUGUACACGUGGCAUCAGACCUCAGCCUUGAUACCGACGCCGAGAAAGUCAUCAAAGGAACGGUUGCGCACACAAUUAAUGUGGUCAAGGUUGCUGCGAGGGUGCCGAGUAUCAAAAGCUUGGUGCUUACGUCGUCCUCGACCGCCUGUCUGAUGCCUCAGCCUGGAGUUGAGGGAAUCGUCAUUGAAGAAGACACAUGGAACGAUGCAUCAGUCGCAGCAGCAUCGGAUCCCAAGACGCCUAAGGAAGUUCUCCCCUAUACCGUCUAUGCCGCAUCGAAGACAGAGGGAGAGCGAGCGCUGUGGAAAUAUGUUAAGGAGAACCCGGUCAACUUUGCUGUCAACACUGUGCUGCCGGCGGCGAAUUAUGGUAAAAUCCUAACACCAGAGAUCCCCGGCAGCACCAUGGGCUGGGUACGCCGUCUCCUCGUUGGCGAUGCCGAAGCACUCAGCAUCACUCCACCACAAUGGUUCGUCAACGUCGAAGAUUGCGCCAAACUCCACAUCGCCGCCCUCCUCGACCCAUCCCUCAACCACCAGCGAGUCUUCGCCUUCGCCGAACCCAUCAAGUGGACGAAAGUCAUCGAGAUUCUACGGGAGCUUGCACCGAAGAAUGCGAAGAUUCCGAACCCGCCGCCGGAUGAGCUUGAUGAUCUUUCGGAGAUUAAGCCGCGGGAUAAGGCUGAGAAGAUCUUGAGGGAGUUUUGGGGGUUGAAGGGGUGGACUGGAGUUGAGGAGAGUAUCAGGGAUGGGGUUGAGGAUUUGUUGUGA